AACUGUUGGACAUUUUAAUCGUAGUUUCUGUCACGACAACUAUCCAAAAUGGGUGAAUGGUCCAACGGUCUUUGCGGUUGUUUCAACAACGUCACUCUUUGUCUUGUCACAUAUGUGGCCCCGUGUUACACAGCUGGUAAAAAUGCUGAGGCUGUCGGGGACAGUUGUGUCAUGGUAGCAGUGGUGUGGUACCUUUUCCCAGCCGCUGGAGCUUACCUUUGCGCUCAAGUCCGAGGAAAGAUUAGGGAACAGAAAGGGAUCGAAGGUGGAUUUGGUGGUGACUGCUUAGUCCAUUUAUUCUGUCCUCUUUGUGCGCUAGUACAAGACGCUCAGGAAAUCCGACCAGGAGAAUCAAUGCAAGGGGAAUCCAUGGCAAGAGAAUAGAGAGCAGAUCACGUGAUAUGUACAUAACACUUGGGACUGAAAUCAACCAAUCAAGUUUUGUGAAACAACCGACUAUGAACUGCUGGAGCACUAGUGGAACUUUAACAAUAAAAAAAAUGUACUACAUUUAUGAUAAUUUGGGGAGCCUGUGAAUUUUACAGCCUGCCUUGAGGACAAUAGAUCUCUAAUACUUUUGUAUAAUUUUAGCAACGGCAACAUCAAAGUGACUGCAAACAAUGUACCCAAAAACGUAAUCACCCUGUCUGCCUUACAGAUUUAAUUUCUCUAAUUUUAUCAAAGGGUUUUAUUUAUGAAAUUGUAACAAGCUUUGUACAGUUAAUGAUAGACAUGUAAAUUGAUCUUAAUUAAUUUUUUAUGGUAUUUCAGCAUUUUUAUAUCUACUGUGUAAAUUACAAAUAAAUAUUAUUUUCGUCUUUA